CAACAAGAAGCUUAGCAGAUUUAUUUUAAAAAAGUGAUUGCUACAUCUUGGCAAUGAUUGUAACGCCCUUACUUCAAUAUGUUAAUAAUUAAAUGUGUCCAAAGUUCAAUUUCAAAAGAACACAGCUUACAAAAUUCAAUAGUGAGACUACAGAAUGGAACCGACACCCAGAGUUUCGAGAAUAUUUGCUUUGGAGAUACCAGACAUUAUUGUGGUUGUUAUUUACUUUGUAUUUGUUAUGUGUGUUGGAAUAUGGUCGUCAAUGAGAGCCAACCGGAACACUGUGGGAGGAUAUUUCCUUGCAGGAAAAUCUAUGACAUGGUGGCCUAUUGGGGCUUCUCUAAUGUCCAGUAAUGUUGGGAGUGGCCUGUUUAUCGGUCUGGCAGGCACUGGAGCUGCAGGAGGCAUUGCUGUUGGUGGUUUUGAAUGGAAUGCUACUUGGCUUCUUGUGGUGCUCGGCUGGAUUUUUGUUCCAGUGUACAUUGCUGCUGGUGUGGUUACUAUGCCUGAGUAUUUACAGAAAAGGUUUGGAGGACAAAGAAUCCAAAUCUACAUGUCUGUAUUAUCUUUAAUCCUGUAUAUAUUUACUAAGAUAUCGACUGACAUUUUCUCUGGAGCACUUUUUAUCCAAGUCUCACUGGGUUGGAAUCUCUACAUUUCUACAGUAACUCUUCUGGCAGUAACUGCCAUUUACACAAUUGCUGGUGGUUUGACCGCUGUGAUAUAUACAGAUGCCCUACAGACUGUGAUCAUGGUGGCAGGAGCACUUAUCCUUAUGUUCAUUGGUUUAAACAAAGUCGGUUGGUAUUCAGGGUUGGAAGAAAAGUACUUUCAAGCAAUUCCUAACAUUACUGUGGCAAAUACUUCAUGUCACAUUCCACGUGCUGAUGCUUUCCACAUGUUUCGAGACCCAGUCAAUGGUGACAUUCCUUGGCCUGGACUCAUAUUUGGACUUACAGUACUUGCCACAUGGUGUUGGUGUACUGAUCAGGUAAUCGUACAGAGGUCCCUUUCAGCAAAAACUCUUUCCCAUGCCAAAGGGGGAUCAGUUUUGGGAGGUUAUCUGAAGAUGUUGCCCAUGUUCUUCAUUGUCUGGCCUGGCAUGAUCAGCAGAACUCUGUAUCCAGAUCAGGUGGGCUGUGUGGAUCCUGACAUUUGUGAGUCAGUCUGUGGAGCCAGAGUAGGAUGUUCAAACAUUGCCUACCCCAAGCUGGUAGUGGAACUUAUGCCUGUAGGUUUGAGGGGGCUGAUGAUAGCAGUAAUGAUGGCUGCUUUAAUGAGUUCACUCACCUCAAUAUUUAACAGCAGCAGCACACUCUUCACCUUGGAUAUCUGGCAGAGGUUUCGCACAAAUGCCACUGAACAGGAGCUGAUGAUUGUCGGCAGGGUAUUUAUUAUUUUCAUAGUUGCUGUCAGUAUAGUAUGGAUCCCUAUUAUUCAGAAAGCUAACAGUGGCCAGCUAUUUGACUACAUUCAGUCUGUUACCAGCUACUUAGCACCACCUAUCACAGCACUUUUCAUUAUGGCAGUCUUCUGGACAAGAGUCAAUGAGCCGGGUGCUUUUUGGGGAUUGAUGGUUGGGCUGAUUCUGGGCCUUGUUCGAAUGGUCAUGGAGUUUGUCUACGGAGUGCCAUCAUGUGGUGAAGAGGAUAAAAGACCAUCAUUCCUCAAGGACGUGCAUUACCUUUACUUUGCUUUGAUUCUAUGUGGAAUAAGUGCAAUUGUUAUCACCAUCGUCAGCCUACUGACGCCAGCAAUCCAGGAAGAAAAUCUAAUUCGAUUAACCUGGUGGACUAGAAACAUCAAAAUUUCUACAAAGCACUUGGACAAUAACUGGAACCAGCCAAAGACAAUCUCCGAGCUGAUUGACAGAAGCGCUGAAUCAUUAUCUAUCACAGAGGAUGAUGAACUGCAAGAAACAGCUGCACUCUCUUGGUGGAAGAAAACAUGCUUUUGCCUCUGUGGCCUGUCAGUACAGGAGGAGCCUGAACUCACAGAAGAAGAAAAUGAUGCCAUACGGGAACGCUUAACGAGCAUUGAAGAAGAACCCUUUUGGAAAAAUGUGUGCAAUAUAAAUGCUUUAAUUCUACUGGCAGUUAAUGUCUUCUGCUGGGGAUACUUUGGAUAAUUUUUGUCGUGUUGAUUACUUACGGACUGGUUUUGUACCUCUUCAGUGAAAUACUUGUUUGUAACAGUAGGUUAAUGGCAACAACUCCAUAAAAAUUAACUUUUCUAUUAUUGACAGGUUCAAACAUGUAAGAUUACAGGUAACAUAUUAAUUAAAUUGACAGCAGCUUUGCAAGAACAAAGAUAAUUAAUUCCAGGAGUAACUCAAUUAAAAUAAUGCUUUUUUUUAACUUAAAAAUAUUGUAAACAGAACAAAAAAACAAUUGUACUCAGUUCCUUUACAUUCUUCAAUGUUCCAAGUUUGUUUUGUUUUAACAUUUCUUGUCCUGUCUGAUCUGUUGUUUUUCUGACUCCCUCUUCCUCCCAACAAAAUGCUUUAAAUAGUCACCAGGUAAUUCACUACACUUUUAAAAUUAUAACGUUAUUUGCAUGAAUGUAGAAACAGAGGAGAGUGAAGAGGAUGGCCUAAUUGCUUUGGGGCCUAUGACUUUGCAGGCUCAUCCUGAGGUGUCCCUCGAUCAAGAAACCCCAUGCAUGGUUCUGUAUGACGUAUGGCUCCUCUGUUCAGGGGUUGCUGACUGUGGAUGUCAAACAGCUCUUUUCCGUGCUGUAAUCAGCCCAUGAUCCUGUGGUGGGCUGUGAAUUUGUGUGAGGAGCCAGGGGAGUAGCCCUUGUUCUCCAGGAUCCUUAGUGCUGGUUAUUGAAAAUGGUUGGCAAAGGAGUCAUAUGCUCCCCUUGGAAACAUGUUAUUGACCAUGAGGAAUCUUCUUGUGUCCACAUCUAACUGCACAUUAAGGAAACGAGAGCCUUUCCUGCCAUUCUGUUAAGUAUUAAGAGUCUCUAUGGCAUGAGAGCUGCCCUACAUUUGGAAAGCCGGCAGUCUGAGCCUGAGCAAAUUCCAGUGCCUGGGUCCUAAUUUUUCCCCACUGGUAACUAGUUAGAGACGAUCACUUCACCAAAAUUGCAGCCUUUAAAGGAUAAGCGUCACAGCUGCAACUGUUUGAGAAGAUCCAGUGUCGAGGAAGUUCAGAGUCUACAUGACCAUGAAAUUAUGAAAUUUCCAGCGAGUGCAUCCAUGGCAUGAGAAUAGAAUAUGACUACUUUCAUUAAUUCUUUUUGAGAAGCACUUAAAUAGUUCAAAAUUGUAGGUCUUACUUGGGACACCAAAGACUGUUGUUUCAGAGUUUGAGAUUAAAUGGAAGCUACCACCCACUGUCUGCUGUGUCUUUGGUACUCAUGAAGAAGCACAGCAGUGAUUGUCAGUGUAGUAGUAAAAAAAAAGGUGUAUUGCACAUAAUUUACGCCAUGUGCAAAUUAUAUAAGUAAUCUUUUGAACCAAAAUCUGCAGAUUCCAAAAAUCUAAGAUAAAAACAGAAACAUGGGAAACUCUCAGCAAAUUAGUGAAGGGUUUUUGACAUGUGUUGGUAACAGCAGUUUGUUUUUGUAUCUUAUUAAGAUGGUCAAAUGCUUUUGUGGCAGCCCAUCCCGACAUAACAUUAUUGCAUUAAAGGAAGAUACCAUAAAAUGGACUGAGAUUUUGGUUUGAUUAAAAUAACAAGCUAUGUUGAGAUGGAUUUUAAAGCAACUCUUCCUACAUCUUUUCUACAUAAUCAAUACUUCAUAGAGAAAAAAAUUCUUUCUUACUCAAUAAACUAUUUUCUUUUUGAUUUGUUAAAUCAUUAAAGGGUUUUGUAAGUAGUACAUUUUAGAAGUAUAUCCUCUCAUUUUACAUGACUUUUACUUACAUACACACAAUCUUUACAAGUACUUAUCAUAACCCCACAUUUAUUUUAGUUGGUUAUACCAGUAAUUAAAGUAUUUACAGGGCCUUUACUAAUUCAGUCAUUUUCAAAGAAAUUGGCUAGCAAUAAUUUUACUUACUUAUUAUUUUCAUGUGUCAGGUUGUAGCUAAUAAUGUAUAUUCUAUUGUAUUGUAACCAAUAUGUAAUGGAAUCUGGAUAACAAUUAGUUUGUUAAUCUCUAUUAUGUGAUUGACAAUAUAAACUUAAUAUCUCCAGAAAGACCCAAUUGCUGAAUAGAUUUAACAUGUCAUUUAAGUCUGUUGUAUUUAUAUUAACAUUCUCUUCAUCAGCCCAAGCACUUUGGAUGUCAGGGAGCAAGUCACUCAACCUGGACCAUCUUGUGUCUAAUUUGCUGCAGAGGCCAUAAUAUUUAUAAGGCUGGUCCAGCUGAGUAUUUGGUCAACAGGGAUCUGCAGGAGAUUUUUCAAAAAUAAUGCUACUGUAUACCAAUAACAAGUGGAUAGACUCUCUUAAUAUGCACAUAUAUUAAAAAGUGGAUAACUGAUAAAAAA